AUGCUCCCCAGCCUGGUUCCCUUCCCCAUCCAGAAGCUGAAUGAAAAACUACGCUCUGAAUCUAAGUCCAGCCCUUGUCAUCUUCGGAACACGUUGCUGAAAGACAAAAUAGCUGCCUUCCAAUCUUCAUUUAAAGCCCUCGAAGAAACUGAAGAAAAGACAGUCCAUAUUCUUCCUACUUCAAACACCAAACUCCCUGAGCAAUCAACGUUGAGCCAGACAUGGUGCCCGGAGGAUACGAAUAAUGCUUUUGAAGAAAACUUAAAUAAUAAAUUUAUGAACAGAGAUGGUAUAUCAGUAGAUAUCCAGAUGCACAGUUCCAGAUUUCCACCACAGAAGCCCCUUCUGUCUGGCGCAAAUGUUAUGCCUAAGGCCAUUCAGGUCUCUCCAGCGAAUGCUGUGGAAACUACACGUGUAUCUUUGGUAGCUGCUCCAAGUACGGGCGUAUCAAAGAAUGAAAGGGGUGAAGACAAAGAAUUGAGCAGAAACAACACGUCUCAACCCAGCAGUAAGAAGGUUCGGUUUUCAGAGAAGCAGCGCUUGCAAAUCUUUGAUGAAAGCAAACCACCCAUUACGCCUGUAGGGAAAGGCCAUUCAUUUCCCAAUUCCCUUCGUUCUGUUCUGAAGAAAACACCAGUCAAAAUCGCAUCCGAAGGCUUGAAGGAUCUUCAAGGAUCAUCAGAGGAAAUGGCCACGCCGAUAUGUACUGGAUCUUUUGACCCCGAAGAAAGAAAAGAUAAUUCUCCUGACCAUCAGGCUCCUUUGAUUAGACCCACUCGUAACUCUGCUAAAAGGAAGUGCGUAGUGGAAGCAGAAGAAAAACGUCUUGCAAUCAAAAUUGAAGUCCAGAAUCAGCUCAACCAAUUGCAGAAAGCCAAAACUUCAACCAAAUUCAAAAAAAACCCAGCUGUCCGACCCAAAGUGGCAGGAAAAAGAAGGGGGAGGAAGAAGAAGAAACAGGAGCAGAAAGUAUUUUAUGGGCCUCGCGAGAGGGUAUCGAAGAAACCUUUUCUAAGUCCGAUCCCAGAAAUAACAGAAAAUACCUCCUUUUGUUCCUCUUACCCAAAUACACCAACAUUAAACGUUUCCACUUCAGACGAUUCUUUAAGUGUCCUGCAUGCUACGUUUAUCGAUGAAACAGCUGAAGACAAAAAGAGUCUACCUUGUGCUCUAGGAGUGGACAGCCACGAUCAACAUUCUAGCCCUCGGGAAGAAGAUGGCUCAGCUAGUUCAUUCAUGCAGCUUCAAGAACUUGCUCUAAACAAUAGAAAACAAUGUCUUCCUGGCUACGUGCCCGAAAAAAUCUCUCCUGAAAAACUGAAGAUUUCUUUAAAUGGAAAUGAACAGGUGGCCGGAAGGGACUGUCUGUCAAGUAGGACAGAAAUGCAGCUGGUGGAGUUGCUGAACAUCUGUGGACCUAGCAAAAAUAUCAAGGCUACAGAAAAUUCAUUUUUCACCGUAGAUUUUGCAACGGAGGUAAUGAGUGAAAACAACGGGGUGAACUUUAAAAGGAACCCAAGAAAAAGCAGAAGAUUGACGGAAGACCUUCUGCGCACCAAGGGCACUGAGUCAAAAAGUCCUGGAAACAGCACUGGUAUUCCUGGAGGAAACCUGGGCGAGUUGCCACCUUGUUCUUGGACAGCCGAUGACAUUGCACUUUUAAACCAUUUUGAGGAAAAUAGGAAUGUAACAAAAAAAGUAAGACGCAGCAUGAGGGGUCAGAAAGAUGCAGAAAGUGAGGGCCUUGCCUGGGUUGAGAUCCCUUGCAAAGCUCCAAAAAGGCUGUCAUUGGCUGGUCCUCAAGAAUCAAAGCCUGCCGUGAGUAGCCUCAAUGGACCAAGAAGAAGAAGGAGCUUCUGCGCAUUGAAAGCUGAAAAAGAUCAAGGUGUUCCCGUCAACGUUCCAAGGAAUAGAAGAGCCAGUCUGGGUUAUAAAAGUGACUGCUGCUAUCGAAAAACAUUUGAAAUGAAUACAUUCUUGAAGAAUCAACCUACUCAUUAAAUUAAGAUUGCUGUUCAAAAGGGGACUGUGUGAAAUAUUUUGCUUCAGCCAUUCAAGUUAGGCAGAGCUUUUACAUGUCUUCAUAUUUUUUAAGACUGCAUAGACCUUUGACUUCUUCCCUUUCCAUUGCUUUUCCCAAAAAGAAGUAAAGAGAAAAAUUGAAGGAACUAAAAACAGAAAUGGAGAAAGGGAUAGCAAUCCAAUAGGUUCUACUUAGAAGUAAAUGGAAAUUUAAGACUGCACCUAGCUGUCAAAACUCAUACGUUGUAGGAAAUGUGGUUCUCAUUACCGACUGUUGAAUGCAGUUCCAUCAGAAAUGUGGAUAAAUGUUAAAACCAAGCACAUAUCACUGGAAACAGGUCUCUAAACAUUUUGAAGUGGACAUCAUUAAAGUACUAAAAGCAGAGCAUCUUGGGUGCCACAACUCUUGGGUGGCAGGAAAGCCCCAAGUGUUCCGUCUUCCUCCUUUUUCAAGAUGUAU